AUGGCUCCGCGCAAGAGCAAGACAGAUGCGCCAGGCGGGACUGAUGAUGCUGCCAUGAUCCUCGAGUACCUUCGCAAACAGAAGUGCGUAUUUCUUCUCUUGAUCGGCUGGAUUCUGGCUGACCCGGAGUUGGCGCAGUCGUCCUUACUCGGUGUGCCUGAGGCUUCCCAUGCCCUCCACUGGAUAUUGACUGACACAAUUGCUUUCGAGGCCAUUGAGGUCUCGGCCAAUCUGCACAAUAAAGUCAACAAAGGCGAGGGCUCGCAAGCUGCUAAGCACCUCCAGAAACUGCAUCAAGACGGGCGGAUUGAAGGACGCGUUUCCGGAAAGCAGACGGUCUAUCAUACUCUGCAGGAUACGUCCGAUACUUCCAUCGCUGAUGCACUCGCUACUCUGGAACAAGAGAACCAUCAACUUCAAGACGAGCUUCAUGCCCUCAAAGCGACCGAGAAAGAGGCCCGCGCGGGACUGGCAGCCUUCGAAGCACGACCCCGGCUGAACAGGCUCCGUCACGACAUUCUCCAACUCGAAAACGAACGAGACGCCAUCCAAGCUCGACUGGCCGAGCUGGACAGCGCGGAUGCGGUCCAGAUUUCGCUCGCUGAACGUGAAGCGCUCGACCAGGAAUGGAAAUGCUGGCAGCGACAUGCCGCGGUGCGUCGUCGCAUUUGUCGCGAGCUGUGGGGGAUCUGCUCGGAGGUGCCGCCGGAGGGGAUGACUGCGCCGGAGCUGUGGGAGUCGUUGGGGCUGGAAGGGGUGCUCCAAUAG